AUGGUUCUUUCCAAUGGGUCAACAACUUCAGGAGUCUCCCAAGCUGCUGGUUUGGACGAUUCAGAUGAGUACGCUUGCCCAAUAUGUGAAGAAGAGGUAAAAGGUCUUGUGAAUUUGAAUUCGCAUUUGGAUGAUGUUCAUCAACUGGGGAUGAAGAAAGCCGAAGACAGAGAAGGAAGGCCUAGUAAAUUACCCAACGGGACCAAGAAACAUGCUAAAAUUGAUAGACACCUUCGUCGACAGAUCGAUAUGAAGAAGGAUCAUUGGAUAAGACCGAUUAAGGGUUCGAGCAGAUGUGAAUUCUGUCAUCAGAUUUUGAAUCAAGAAAAUGGGAUUAUCAACUGUCGAAAAUGUGGGCUGCUGUUCUGCAGAGCACAUUGUAAACAGCCUGUGAAACUUGACCGAAUGGCCCAUUACGAUCCUAUUCGUGGGGAACCAUGUAAAUGCUGUCUCAAGUGCCUCGAAAACCGGCCCGGUUACAAUGAAUUUGGGUUUAUCCGUGACAGAACAGCUGUCUUUUCGAAGGCCAGGAAGUCUAAUAAUGAGGAUCGAGAUUUGCGUGAGUUACAACUGGAACAUAGGUUUAUUAGACUGGUUAAUGGUAUCGUUUAUGUUUAUCGAGUCUUUGAAGGAACUUUCAUGGCUUCUUUACGCAUCAGUGCGGAAAUUAGCAAGUUGGAAAAAAGCAUAGUGCCGUGGGAACGUGAUGAAUUUGCAAUUCGAUGUUACAUUUGCGAAACUGCUUUCGCGAUCACAGUUCGCAAACAUCAUUGCAGGCUUUGCGGGAAAGUUGUGUGCGAUAACGAAAUCAACAAUUGCUCGAACCUGCUGCCGCUCAAAAAUUUGAUCAAUGCCGCUGCGGACUUGCCUCUGAAAAUAACCGCACAAACAGGUGCAGAUGUUCUAGAUAUCGAGAUAAGGAUUUGUGCUGUGUGCCUACAGUCAUUGUUUAAGAAACGGAAAUUCCUGAAAGAGCGAGUAACCCCGCUUUCUGCUUUACUUCAAAAGUAUGAAAGUCUUCAUGAUAUUUCUAGGGUCAUUAUGGGUAUUUUACCGAAUGUUGAGAGGGUGCUCGAUCGCGCAGGCGGCAUUGAUGCGACCCCAGACGAAAUUUCUCAACUUUCCAAGUUGCGGCGAAAGUUGCUAGACUCCUUUUCAAUGUACGACUUCAUGACAAAACAAAUACUUCAAAUGCAAGCUUCUAAUGCCUCUGAAGCCAGAAUAAUAGCCUCUAUCAAGUUAAGUUCUGCCACUUUCAUUCAAGAUAAAAUGCUUCCAUUGAAAAGCAUUUCUUCUGUUAUAUCUUCCAAGCUGAACACACAAGAACGUACCUCACCACAAGCCUCAGAGCAGCUCAAAUUUGACAAUGAUCUUACCAUAAAGGAAGUUAAGUCCUGUCGAACGCAGUUGAUGGUUUUAAAAGAGCAGAGAUUCCUAGUUCAAGAAAUGAUAGAGGACGCUACAAAGCGGCGCAAGCUUGACGAAGCUUCUACCCUUACGAGCAAUGUCAAUGAGAUCGACGUCCAAAUUGAGGAAUUGACCAAGAAACUGGGUCAACAAGGCUUCAAAUGA